CCACUAGAGAUGCGAACAAGGCUGAUGAUCCUCGGGGCCCUUCUGGCCUUUCUCACUCUCUAUGUAAUGUCCCGCGAUCUAAGGGAGGAAGGCACAAGCACGUGUUAGCCUCUUAGGGCGCCCCUGACUCCAAUUUUCUGCUCAGGGCGGCGGAGAAAACCAGAGGCAAGAGAAACCACAUCUUCUUGGCCUCCUGCCCGGUCUAGCACCGCGCGUUACGGCGCGCGUGCGUAAGAGCGCGCGCCGGGCACGUGCCGCCCGCGAGCCCGCCGGCGAUUGGCUGUGACGCGCCUUCCGGUGCAAGCGGCGGAAGCCGGGCGGGCAAGCGAGUGAGCGAGCAGGGAGGCAGGAAGGCAGGCAGGAGCCCGGGAGGCAGGCAGCGAGGAAGCGAGGGAACCAGACAGGCCGGUGGAGGCUCGAAGGAAGCCAGAGCCUGCGCCUGUGUCCAGGUCCUCCGGUACCCCGCCCCGGAGCCCCCAGCGGAGCGGACGCGGCCCGCCCCGGCCAUGGCCUCGCUGCUGAAGGUGGAUCAGGAAGUGAAGCUCAAGGUUGAUUCUUUCAGGGAGCGGAUCACAAGUGAGGCAGAAGACUUGGUGGCAAAUUUUUUCCCAAAGAAGUUGUUAGAACUUGAUAGUUUUUUGAAGGAGCCUAUCUUAAACAUCCAUGAUUUAACCCAGAUCCACUCAGACAUGAAUCUCCCAGUCCCUGAUCCCAUCCUUCUUACCAAUAGCCAUGAUGGAUUGGAUGGUCCCAAUUUGAAGAAGAGGAAGUUGGAUGAGUGUGAGGAGGCCUUCCAGGGCACCAAGGUAUUUGUGAUGCCGAAUGGGAUGUUAAAAAGCAACCAGCAGCUGGUGGACAUUAUUGAAAAGGUGAAACCUGAAAUCCGGCUAUUGAUCGAGAAAUGUAACACGGUCAAAAUGUGGGUUCAGCUCCUUAUCCCCAGGAUAGAAGAUGGGAACAACUUUGGUGUAUCCAUCCAGGAGGAGACAGUUGCAGAACUAAGGACUGUGGAGAGUGAAGCUGCAUCUUAUCUGGACCAGAUAUCUAGAUAUUACAUUACAAGAGCCAAAUUGGUUUCUAAAAUAGCCAAAUAUCCCCAUGUGGAAGACUAUCGACGCACAGUGACAGAGAUUGAUGAGAAGGAAUAUAUCAGCCUUCGGCUCAUCAUAUCAGAACUGAGGAACCAAUACGUCACUUUACAUGACAUGAUCCUGAAAAACAUUGAGAAGAUCAAGCGGCCCCGGAGCAGCAAUGCAGAGACGCUGUACUGAGGCCAGGGCCAGAGCCAGGGGACUCUGUGAGUCUGGCUCAAGACCGACAUUGCCUUGGUUUGUUACAUGACUAUCGAGAUGGGGAAACUGGCUGGAAAUAGUAAUCACACCUCUCUUCUGUUUUUAGUUAGAGUCUAAUGAAGCUCUCAUGUAGUUCUGUGA